AUUGCAGAGCUGGCCUGUCUGCCGCAGUGCAGUGUCCGUACCGUGCACUGACACAGCUCGUCAGGAGGUUCUGUACUGCACAUCUGUGCAGUGAUGUGUCUGCGCCGAAGAGGUGGUCCCUAUAAAACGGAACCAGCUACAGACCUGACGCAGUGGCGACUCAGUAACGUUGAGGGCAGACAGACCUGGAGUUACGUUGACUACAGAGAGGCAGAAAGUCGGCCGCAGACAUUGCUGGAACGGCAUUCACUGGGUCUCGAUACUAGUAAGUAUGCCUGCGAUUUGGGGCAUGCUGGGACACCACAAGAGGCAGCUCUGCACGGGAUGCAGUUUUAUGCAAAACUGCAGGCGGAGGACGGACAUUGGGCCGGAGACUAUGGUGGACCACUCUUCCUUCUACCAGGUCUCCUAAUUACAUGCCAUGUGGCAAAGAUCCCUCUCUCAGACUUCCAGAGGAAGGAGAUGGUCCGGUACCUACGCUCGGUACAGCUCCCGGAUGGAGGCUGGGGACUACACGUGGAAGACAAGUCGACAGUAUUUGGAACAGCUUUGAAUUACACAGCCCUGCGAAUCCUGGGCGUUGAUCCAGACGACGCUGAUCUGGUCCGAGCGAGAAAUAACCUUCAUACUAAAGGUGGUGCAGUUGGAAUUCCAUCUUGGGGCAAAUUCUGGUUAGCUAUCCUUAAUGUCUACAGCUGGGAGGGGAUGAACACACUGUUUCCAGAGAUGUGGCUUUUCCCUCGAUGGGUGCCGGCUCACCCCUCCACCUUGUGGUGUCACUGUCGACAAGUCUACCUCCCCAUGAGCUACUGCUAUGCCAAGCGUCUCACAGCACAGGAGGACGAGCUGAUCCUCAGCCUGCGCCAGGAGCUCUACAUUGAGGAUUAUGAGACCAUUGACUGGCCUGGCCAGCGAAACAACGUGGCGGCCUGUGACCUUUACACACCUCACAGCAAGCUCCUCACUGCGGCAUACGUUUUGCUCAAUGUGUACGAGGAAUACCACAGCGCAAGCCUGAGGAAACGGGCAGUGUCAGAGCUCUACGACCACAUCAUGGCUGACGACAGGUUCACAAAGUGCAUUAGCAUUGGGCCGAUCUCCAAAACAAUCAAUAUGUUAGUUCGCUGGCAUGUGGAGGGUCCUGAGUCUCCUGCUUUCCUGGAACACGUUUCUCGUAUCCCAGACUAUCUUUGGCUUGGCCUUGAUGGACUGAAGAUGCAGGGUACCAAUGGAUCUCAGUUAUGGGAUACAGCAUUCGCCAUCCAGGCCUUUCUUGAGGCAGGUGCCCAGAAUAUCCCAGCAUUCACUGACUGCCUUAAACAGGCCCACGCCUACUUCGAAGUCACGCAGGUCCGAGACAAUCCUCCUGAUUAUGACAAGUAUUACCGUCAGAUGAACAAGGGUGGCUUCUCGUUCAGUACCCGCGACUGUGGCUGGAUCGUGGCCGACUGCACGGCGGAAGGCUUGAAGUCAAUAAUGCUGCUGCAGGAACAGUGCCCCUUCAUAACGGAGCAUAUCUCUGAGGAGCGACUGUUUGACGCUGUCAAUGUGCUACUCAGCAUGAGAAACCCGGAUGGAGGGUUCGCCACCUACGAGAGGAAGCGCGGAGGACGACUCCUGGAGCUCCUGAACCCAUCAGAGGUUUUCGGAGAUAUAAUGAUUGACUACACCUAUGUUGAAUGCACAUCUGCAGUAAUGCAGGCACUAAAUCAUUUCCAAAAGAAGUUUCCACACCACCGAGCAAGUGAAAUCCAAGACACGCUGGAAAGGGGUCUUGAGUACUGUCGGAGAAUGCAGAACACAGAUGGAUCAUGGGAAGGGAGCUGGGGAGUGUGCUUCACCUAUGGGACAUGGUUUGCCCUGGAGGCCUUUGCCUGCAUGGGUUACACGUACCAGAAAGGGGCCGCCUGUAGAGCUGUGACCCGAGCCUGUGAAUUCCUUCUGUCCAAGCAGAUGGAGGACGGGGGCUGGGGUGAAGACUUUGAGUCCUGCGAGCAAAGAAAGUACAUGCAGAGCGCGAGGUCGCAAGUCCAUAACACCUGUUGGGCCGUGUUAGGUCUGAUGGCAGCCAGGUACCCCGGCACACGAGCAAUAGAACGAGGGGUUAAGCUGCUGAUGGAGAAACAGUUGCCAAAUGGCGAUUGGCCUCAGGAGAACAUUGCCGGUGUUUUCAAUAAGACCUGCGCAAUCAGUUAUACCUCCUACAGAAAUAUCUUCCCCAUAUGGACUCUGGGACGCUUUGCAAGAACUUACCCUGGCUCUGCUGAGAUUAGCAGUCUGGACCUCUGAGGCAAAUGGACAGCUGUUCCAGAGGAAGGGAUGAAAAUGAAAUUCCUCGAGCAAGAAGACAUGAUUGAUAGAGUUUGUGAUGAGCUGACUUCUAUGAGUAUUUGUACCAAUCACGUAUUUGCACAUGGAGUCUAAUCAAACAGUGUGUUGGUUCCACCAUUUUAUUUCCUUGUCUACUUGGAAUUCACGUCAAGAUCUAAAUGUUAUUAAGUGGAACAAAACAAAGACAUUGAGGUCCAUCUAACAGUAUAAUCCAUUAGUUUUAUCAAUUAAGGUUUAUACUGGUAGAGAUUGCACAAUGGAACCAAAUGUUCAGCUCAAUAACUGUAAUGUACUGUGAUAAAUUAAUUAAACUAAAAUACAUUUUUGUUAACAAUUUAUACCCCUUGUCCUCUG